AUGGCAGACUAUGCACAUGCUCUCGCUUCGGGCGUAGAAGAGGACGUGCAAGUCAACCAGCGCGCACUCAUUGACAAGAUCCUGGCACGCUACUCUGGCGAAUAUACGGCAGUCUUUCGCGAGCUCUUGCAGAAUGCAGAUGAUGCCACGGCCACAGAAGUACAUAUACAUUUCCAGACCGCAACGGCGGCAUCACAACUCAGCCAGCACGAGCCUCUCAGUCGCAUCGUCGUCAGAAACAAUGGCGCUGUCUUCUCCUCCGACGACUGGAGUAGACUAGCUACCAUCGCUGCAGGCAACCCCGAUCAGGACAAGAUCGGCGCGUUCGGCGUUGGCUUCUACUCGCUCUUCUCCCUGUGCGAGUGCCCACUCGUCGCAUCAGGCAGAGAGAUCAUGGGUUUCAAUUGGCGGGAUGGGAAGGAUCAGCUCUACGUCAAGCGGGCCAGGAAUCCAGACGAGUCAGACAUCGCACAGCGGUGGACGAGCUUCAUCAUGGAUCUCAGAAAACCGAUGCCGCUCUAUCCCAUCGAAGCCUUCGUUAGAUUUCUCUCAACCGCGCUCGCAUUCACUUCAAAUGUACGAUCGAUCACGCUGCAGUAUCAGGAGUACACGCUCGCAAUCAUCACAAAGUCUGCCGCUCCUACACGGCCAAUGGCCCUGGCAGACAAUCUGCAUUCAUUGAGUCCAACGCGGAUGAUGCGCAUUACUGCAGUAGAUCAACAGAGCGUUCAGAUCACCGCCAAAGUCAUGCGCUGGGUAGCACUAGAAGGAAACAAGACCAUAGCAGCCGAAAAGGCUAAUGCUUCGACAUCAAGCCCCAUCUCGAGUUCCAUCACAAAGUCGACCAAUCUCGCAAGCCGUAUGCUCUCGUCUGCCUUUGGCAUAUCGCAUACUACCAAGCCAACACGUCAGCAUGCUUCAGGCUCGACCACACGUGCAGCCGAAGAAGAGAGUACACCGCUAGCUAUCGACGAUCCCGUCGAGCUACUCACAGUCGUCCUCUUCUUACGCAUACUCACCGCGCAUGUCAAGGUGCAGCUUGCACCCGCUUUCGCCGCAGAGAUGGAACGAGCAACCAAGAAGGCUCCCCCAAAAUCCACGAAAGUCCAGCUGCUUUUCAACUCUUCAGAUGAAUAUGAAGCCAGUCGAGCCGCAUCCAAAAAGGGGGAUACUUCGCAAACACGGCGAGAGACAGAAGCAAGACGGAUCUUCGACGGGCUGUCAUCCGAUCUAGACAAGCAAGGCAGGGUCUUCAUCGGCUUUGCGACUCACCAGACGACGGGCUGUGCCGCAUCGCUUGCUGCUCGUUUCGUGCCCACAGUCGAGCGAGAGAGCAUCGAUUUUCAAGCACCACAUGUCACCGAAUGGAAUCGGGAGCUACUCUGGGCAGGUGGUAUGCUAGCACGAGCGACUUAUGAUGCCGAGCUGGCCGAGAUCCGGUCAAUCUGGGCAAGUCUUCAGCAAGGCGGAAAGGCGCCUGACGAAGAGAGUCUGGCAUGGCUGCAUCGUCGAUCGAUCCAUGCCAUGCGCUUUUUCACCUUUGCGACGUCGACGCCUUCCAGCGUUGUUGCGCAAGAUACGGCCUUUCACUUCUUCUCAGCAGCUCGCGACAACAGCUUCAUCGUGAUGAGCAGCGUUGGGCCUAUGUCAGCCUCUGAAAUCCGGCUGCCUUCGAUCGAGCUUUCAUUCCUCAAGAAGCUGCCGACCUUGCCUACGGCAAUAAUGGAGGGCGCACCUGGCCUGAUCGGCCUUCUGCGCCAGCGCUCACUCUUGCGAGAUGCGUCGCUUGACGAUGUCCUUGCCGAGCUGCAAACGCGGGCCCUCACUGUCGAAGAGAUGCGGUCCUGCUUGACUUGGUAUCUCUCGCUUGCAAAGGAUGCAUCGUAUCAACCCUCUCUUCUCGAUCGGUUCCUAUCGGUCGCACUGCUUCAAGUCGAUACGGGCAAAGAAGAGCGUAUCGUACCUCUGAGCACUAUUGAGACCGUGCUUAACACUCGUUCGAUCUCCAUACCGCCAGAGUUAAGGUUGCCACCGACUUGCCUGCCGUACGCGCUCAGCCGGACGUUCAACGCUGAUGAAUUGCGGCGUGUCUUCCGCUGGUCGGAUCUAACAGCUGCGGCAUGGCUAAGACAUCUCUUCAGCGCACAAAUGACCGGUUCCGAAGCCGAGCCAGCCACGAACAUUCUGGGCAAUCAAUUGUUCGCUGAAAAGGUACUGACAUCGCUUGCUCGCAUCUGGCCGGGUCUGUCAGCUUCGAAUCAGCAGGAAGUGCUAUCAGUGGCACGUGAGAUGCCCUUUGUGCCUACUAAGAACGGGCAGCGACGGGCGACAGAAGCCUACUUUGCAAAUGUUGACUUGUUCGAGGAUUUGGCGAUCGUCACACUGCCGAGCGGUCACGAGGUAAAGGGUAACCUGCAACGCUUCUUGCUCGCGCUAGGCGUCAGGAAACACCCUGAGAUGCAGCUUGUCUUCACACGCCUGGUAGGGGGCGGCGCAUGGUCUCAGCAGGACCUUGCUAGGCACCUCGUCAGCCGCAAAGCAGACCUGUCCAGCGAGGAGCUGACACGGUUGGUCGAUACAGCUUGUUGGCCGCGCGAAGGCGAAGCUGCGCCUGCGCCGGGUGGGCGUCGGAAGCUCUACAAAGCGCGCGAUCUCUUCGAACCUCAGGAGAAUCUGCGUACGAUCGGACUGCCACUACUGGACUGGCCAACUGGCAAAUGGAGGCCGAAUUCUGACGAGGGCCGUUUCCUUCUCGACUCUCUAAGAUUGCGCAAGACACCUACGGUCAAAGAUCUGCUCGAGAUUGCGUCGGAUCCUUCGAGACCUAUCCAGCAGCAGAAAGCGCUUACAUACUAUGUUGGGCACUUCACGUCCAGCAAUUAUGCUUCGGCAUUCGAUCCGAAGCAUCAUGAUCUUCCAUUUGUGCCUUGCUUGCUCAGCGAUGGCUCGGCAACUUACGCUCGGCCCUCAGAGGUCUUCACAAGCAAGGCCGCUGCACUUCUAGGUUUCCGGGUCGUUCACAGCAGCUAUGCUUCAGAAGCUGUCAAGUUUGGUCUGCGCUCCGAUCCCAGCAGUACUGCCCUCAUCGACGCGCUGCUCGCCAGACCGCCGCCAACAAUAAGCCAGGCCUCGGCCAUCUUUGGUUAUCUUUCAACACGCGUCGCUUUCUUCAGCGCCGCCGAGCUUGCACGGUUGAAAGCAGCCCCUUUCGUAUUUAUCAAAGACGGCAAGGGAGAAAGCUUCCAAGCUCCAGGCGAGCUGUACUUCUCGACGGGCAGCUCGACCUUGCGUUCUCUCAUCAAGACGGUUGAUUUCGGCUCCGAAGCCAGGCCCUUCCUAUCCGCAGUUGGUGUCAAAACAGAACCAUCUACGAUAGAGAUUGCGCAGAUGAUCGUCAAUGAUCCCAAAAAAAUAUAUGCCCUUGCCGGCUCGGCAUCAGAGUACCUUGCUAUCCUUCGUCAGAUAGCGAGCAGCUCGAAGACAAUUCCUUCGUCACUUCAGCGUCAGAUGCGUACCGCAGCUUGGCUUCUUGGCUCGCGCAGAUUGCCGACCUCGCAGAAGUCCAGAGCAGGGCGGAAACGGUCAGAUUCGGACGACGAGGACGAAGACGACGGCUUGAUAUCAUAUGACCUAUGCCGAGCACAAGAUCUGGUCGUAAUCGAUGAUUCAAAUACAGCGAUCAUCUUUGCAGAUUCAAUCAGUGCCUGCCCACAAGAGGAUGUGCUGGAAGCGCUUGCAGAGUCGCUUGGUGCGCCUCGCAUCUCAGCUCUCGUCACAUCGCGCUAUAAUACGACUGGAUCCGUCAGAUCUGCGACUCAACGGUCGCAAGACUUGCAGAAGCUCGUCUUUGAACGGACUGCCCUAUUCUUGCACGAACGGCAGACUUACCAGCGGCAAGAUGUCAAGCGAGACGCUGAAUGGGUCAAGUCGCACCUCAGCGUUGGCAUUGUAGACAGCCUGGAAUUUCAUCGGACAUUGAAGCAUCAAACGGUAGUAAAAACGCAUGUGACAAGCGCAUCUGCAGCUGCGACUCUUGAGGAUGGACAACGCAAGCUCAUGCUAUAUCUCGCGGCCAAUAUCCCCGAGAUCGAUUAUUUCGAGGUUGCAAGCAGUCUUUGUCGGCUCAUAUUGACGAAGCCGAAGCUGCAAGAUUCGCUGCUGUUCAUGACUCUACUUCAGACUUCGCUCAAGAAUCUCAAGCGACGUGGGUUCAAUGUCGACCGCGUCUUGAACGCCAGACGACUCGAGAAGGAAGCUGAAGAGCAGCGCCGGCGGGAGAUGGAGCGCGAGGAGGCUGCUGCAUUGCUGCGUAAACCCUUGCCAGACAAGAACGCUGCUUAUACGGGUGAAGAGCCAGCCAGCAGCUCUGGCGAUGCCAUGGUUAGACGCUCCUCUAUCGAAAAGUCUGAGCAUCAGCAAGUAUUCAAGGGCUCCACUGCCGACACACUCCAAGCAAACGCUGGGCCCUCGCCCAAUUUUUUCAACGCGUUUAAGAAGAAACUACUGUCAACUCAGUCUGGCCAUCACCCCUUGCCGGUCGCCGUGGCCGGUAAGUCUCAGGCGAGUCAGUUUGAGCAGAAGCAAAUCGUAAGACAGCCGCAAGCUUCCGGCGGCCUGCCAGAUCCUAAAGGCACCGCGUCACCGCUGUCAGACAUCAAGCAAAACGUUCUUCGGGCGGUCGCAUCAUCUCGUCCAGACUUUCAGCAAUCCGUUGAAAGCAAGACCGAGCUACGGCAGGUCAAGGAGUCAGAGGGAACGUAUUGCGACGCUUCGGGCGCUAACGCAGAUCUCGCUUUCUUUGCCGAUGUUGCUGGAUUGCGAUUCUUUGUAUCGCAAGCAGUUCUGCAGCCGAGCAACAUCAUCAACGAGCAUGGCGAUGCCCUCGUCCGCUUCAUUAACAUGAUUGUCAAGCCAAUCGGACGGGUGUUUUCAGUUGAUCCGCGCAGCUUGCACGUGUUUUACGAUCUGGGAGGACCGUUGAUCGCAUUCAAUCGAGGCGGCAGCAUCUAUCUCAACCUGCGCUUCUACCUGUCCUGGCACGAUCAGCAGGUCAUCGCAGGCGACCUCACUGAAGCUCUCAUCUCAUGCUUCUUCACUGUCAGCCACGAGCUUGCGCACAACAUUUCACUCGCUCACGAUGCGCAAUUUUCGUUCUAUGCAUCUGCCAUCAGCGAGCAGUAUCUCUCAAGAUUCAUGGCGUCGCUGAAUGUUACGCUGCGAUAUCCGGAUAUCUCGAUCAGUGCAACAUUCUUUGUAUCUGCUGCGCGAUCGAGGUCGCCAAAGACGUUGCCUGAAGAUGCGGUGCUCGUCUUGCGCUUGCAGGGCCGCUGUUACGCCGCACGUGUCGAACGCGUCGAGCGAACCGCGCACCGACUUGACACAGCGAAUUUUGAGCAUCCUUCACUGAGGCAACACACCGCCGUCACACUCAUUCACUUGCACAUCGCAUUCAUUGACACUGAUCACUCAGCAAGUAUGGUCGUCACAACAAACAUCGCAUUCGCUGUUGCUCUCAUGGCGGCAUCGGCUCAAGCAGCUUAUGACUAUACACCCACUGCGCCCAAGUACUCGAUCUCAAAGACAGACUGGACGAUCCAGUUCCCUGCUGUCAUGCCGCGACCGCAAGUCCCCGCCUACACAGAGUUCUACCGUCUGUGGAGAGCUGCGUGCAUCAACUAUGUCGGUCCUCGUGGCUAUCACCAUGUCGUCGACAUGUUCAACAUCUCGACUCCUGGCUACGUGCAGACUCGCUGCGGAGGCAUCCACAAGAUCAGCGAGUCUGUCUGGGAUCCCCAUGGACAAGUCUUCGACAUGACACCCGCGGUCGCUGCUGCAGUGAAAGGUGCUAAGAUUGUGGGCAAGAUGGGCGUCUACUACUCGCCUAACGGUGCUAGCAAGCCUGUGACUACCCCGCCGGCCAGCAGCACAAGUGUCACCGCGAGUAGCACAAGCACGACUGCCACUAGCACUACCUCGGUGGCAUCUCCCACUGCGACGAUCGCGCCAGAGCUCUACAUUGUCCAAGCACCUACUGGUAAAUCUGCAAAGUCUUAUUCUGGUAGCUUUAAGAGCGCAUGCAAGAAGGCAGGCGGCAAGCCUCUGGUGGCCACUGCUUCUUCCACCACUGUCAAGGCUUUCUGCGGUCAGGGGACAGCAGAUAUAACAAUGGCCAUCAUCACAAAGACAGGUGGCUCAGUCCACGCGCUAGACGUGCUGCUCGCGCUGCUAAAGCUGCUCACAAGUCUCGCCGCUCACGCAAGGCAUGAUACGGGCACACGGCGCUACGGGCUUUCGGCUUUCUUUCAUCGUCUGAUUUGGCAAAAGCUUUGCCUGUAUGUAGUCAAUUUUGAUUGCACGUGGCAAUUGAACAACAAUGCAGUCGCUUGA